AUUUCAUCAAGCUUCUCCUACAAACUAAAACAGUGCUACGAAUUUAUUAAACUGUUAACUAUAGAGCCGUAUAUAUUUGUAUACAUGUUUGUGAUGAGCCUAAAGGGUGUGCCAACCGGUCAACUGGUGGAAGACAAACUGUGCUUGUUCAAAUACAGACAAAAUGUGAGUUAUUGUCUACAAUUAGCAAAAAUGACCGAGAUGGAAGACACUGUGGGACUCAAAUUGCCCAUAUUGACAGAAAUGACCAAGCUUACUCUAUAUGCAACACUAAUACUUACCAUACCAUCAAUACUGGCCUCACUGUUUAUCGGUGCCUGGACUGACCGCUACCAGCCGGCCAAAAAGAUCUUGCUUAUAGUGGGCGCCGUAUGCGGUGCUGUCGAUGCCGUGGCCAAUAUGCUUAAUGUUUAUUACUAUGAUUCGUCUGCAUACUACAUCUUAUUGCCACCAAUAACCAUGAUAUUUUCGGGCGGUAUGUUGGGCUUAUUGACCUCGUUCUGGGCGUAUAUAGCGUUGACAACACCCCGCAAAUGGCUGGCUAUACGUAUGACAAUUGCCGAAGUUAUGAUGUCUAUCGCAUCGCCAGUGGGCACAUACAUAGGUGGAGCUGUACUUAACACGAAUCCCUUGUGGGCCAACUCGGGUCAGUUGCAUAACUAUAUGGGUGUGUAUAUGAUAUGCGGUGUCGUAUACUUAUUGGCCACCAUUUGGACAUUGUUUAUGAUCGAUGAGCGCAAAGACAUGGAAGCGUUUCAAAGAGACUUCGGAUCAAUUAAUGGUGAGGAGGAAGACAUGUCUUUGCGGGAAGAGAUGGCAAACAAACAGAAACAAUACGACGACAACCGACACAUACAUCCCAUACGACUGUUGUUUAAUUGCCGUAACGUUAAGGACAUGUUUACCACGUGCUGUAAAAGGCGUACAAAUUACGUACGCUUACAGCUGUGGCUAUUGUUUGUAUCGAUGGCUAUAUUUGUUAUCGCAUUCAUGGGUCCCAUUGUUUUUCUAUACUCUUUUGUACAAAUCAUUUACAAAUGGGAUUCACAAAUGUUUAGCAACAUCUCAGCCGCUGGCAGUUUCAUCUCGAUCGGAGCUGUCUUUUUUGUUACCCCUAUUCUGAUCAAGGUUUUGCGUUUCAAAGACACCACACUAUCACUCAUUGGUUUGGCUGCGUUUGGCGGCCAAAACCUGCUGCGGGGUAUCAUUUUGAACCCAAUCGGGUACUACCUGUCUAUGCCUGUCGGGGCAAUGGCUGCGAUGGCAACCAUCGGUAUUCGGUCCCACUUUUCCAAGAUUGUUGAGCCGAGAGAGUUGGGCAAAGUAUCCAGUCUUAUGGCCGCCAUUGAUUCAGUUAUGCCACUUAUUGGGUCCGCGUUUUAUACCUCGGUGUUUAACGCCACCAUUCAUUCUAACCCCGGUCUGUCGUUUAUUAUAACGGGUGCUUUAAUGUCUGUGCCGUUCGCUGUUAUGAUUUGGAUCCACUUUUUUACCGUUUUGCCUGACUUUCAGUCGCGUGCCAUUGAAGUUGAUAUUAAUAGUAAUGAUGAGUCCAAUGAAGAAAGAAUU